AUCCUGAUUAUGAUGCUGCUCGAGCUCGCUCGCUACGCUGCUCUACGCAGUAAAAAUCGAAGCACAUUCGGUCGAAUUACACGUACGACUCCUCGGACGGUUUUUUUGGCAACAGGGCAAACUUAACAACCUUCCUAUCGAUUCCUUGGAGAGUCAUUUAUUUGGUAAUGCGCUUUGAUAUUUGAACUCCGUAGUGAGGCCAAAUGGACUACCUGUCAUUACAAAGUGAUUUAGCCAAAAUGGGUGGUAAAACGGAGCGUCUCUUCGAUCGAUGCAGCGGAAUUGGGAAACUUUUGUCGCUCAAACGGGUAGCACCACGUGCACACGCCUCACAAAGAAAUGCAAGGGAGAAAGAGAGAAAGAUGCCACCAUCAUAUGGACUCUUCCUUCUCCACAACGUGGUCCACUUGCCAUUGGAGACACCUCAACUCGAACAACAGUCAAAGAAUUAGAUGUCAGAUCUCUAGAGUUGCGUUUGGAAUGGGACUUCACCUUAUCUGAUGAAUCACGUUCUCUUGUGUCUUGGAGAAUAGGAAAUACUAAUAUAGGGAACAAAUAUAAGUCUGAAGUUGUUACAAUAUUUCCUGCCUUUCAAGGACAAUUUGACAUCAGUGCCAGGGAUCCUGCCACCUUGAUAAUCUACAACAAAACAGAUGCUGAUGGAGCAAAAUUCACAUGCUCAGUGAUCACUAAUGUAAGGAUUUGGGAUGAUACAAUAAGUGUAGUCAUAUAUGUUUCACCACAGAUAACCUCAGCUAGUGACAGUGAGAAUGUAACUGAGGGUUCUGAACUGGUUUUGUUUUGCAAUGCAACUGGUAAACCAGUGCCAAACAUCACUUGGACCAGAGUGCUGGAGGAUGGUACUGACAGUCAAAAGCUGUUUGUUGGAAAUCCUUGGAUUAUUGUAAGCAUUAGCAGAACUGCUACUGGAACAUACAGCUGUACAGCCGACAAUGGCAUCAGAAGUCCAGUCAAUCAUACAAUCUCUGUCAAUGUACUUUUUGGGGUAAAAGAUGUCACUUUGGAAAGGAACACAACGGAGAACAGUGGCUGCAACGAUUUGUGGGUGAAUUUCACUUGCAACGCAUCCGUGGCCAAUCCACCAGUUCAUAACUAUCUGCUCCUAAAGAAUGAAACAAAGGUCAGUUUUAGCAAAAAAGGAACAUGGAUAGAGAAGAUCUCAAGAGGAGAGACAUUUGUCUACCAGUGUCAGGCGUAUCAGAAAAUUGACAAUGUCACAAGCUCCAAUAAUGUCACUGUGGCUGUGAAUGAGCCACCUGCAUUGGAACAGUUGCAGAAUGUAUCAGUUGAUGAAGGUGGAAAUUUGCUAGUGGAGUGUGAUGUGACUGCAGGGACUCCUUUCCCCACUGUAUUUUGGGAGAAUUUUAAAAGUGGUCAGGUCGUUAAAGGAAAGAUGUUGAACAUAACUAACAUCACAAGAAAUCAAACAGAAUACAGAUGCAUUGCAAACAACUCUUGUGGAGGCAAAUGGGCAACGAUGUUCAUUGAUGUACAGUAUAAACCAUCGGCCACGCUGUCAAGCCAUACCAUUAAAUUGGAGUUAGGAGAAGACAGAUCCAUUGGUUGCCCUGUGGAUAUUGGAAACCCCCCAGCUGUCAUCGCGUGGUACAAAGGAAAUGAUACCAGUGGCAGUAAAAUGACGAAAAGCUCAAUUGUGGAGGUUAAGAAUGCUUCUUUAUUGGACGAAGGAUGGUAUACCUGUUUUGCAAAAAAUGAACUGGGAAAUACAACUGUGAAUUUGUUGUUAGUGCUUGUUAAACCAGUAUCAUCUACAGUUGCUACUUCAUCCAAAACAAGUCCCGCAGGUAUCUUGGCUAGCUCCCAGCAAGACCGCCACAUCACCCGCGCCAAAAAGUCACUUCUCUACCACCAAAACACGCCAUGGAUAAAAAAGAACACCGAAACCAUGUUGGAUGUGACAAUGGGAUCGUACGAUGGUGCCGAAACUUGCGAGCUAAUAGGAUCCUACAUGGUAUCCUUAAUCACCGCCAGCUUCAAAGACCAAGUAGGGCUCUACCAUGACGAUGGUUUAGUAGUCUGUAAAGCCACACCAAGAGAAAUUGAAAAAAUCAAACAGCAAGUGACCAAUGUAUUGAAAUCGAAUGGCCUAAAAAUCACGAUCGAGGCGAACAAAAACACCAUUCACUUCCUAGACGUAACCUUUGACCUCAAGAACGGAACCUACAAACCAUUUCUGAAACCGAACAAUAAAGUACUUCCUAUUCAUCGACAGAGCAACCAACCCCCAACGCUACUUAAGAACAUCCCAGAAAACUUUAACAAAAGACUGGCGAGCAUCUCAUGUAACGAAAAAGUUUUCUAAAAAGCCAUUCCCCCGUACCAAAAGGCACUCGCUGAUAGUGGGUAUACACACAAAUUAUCAUACAACCCGCAAACUACCCAAACAUCAGCGAGAAACCACAGGAGAAAUCGCCAAAGAAACAUCACUUGGUACAGCCCCCCAUGGAACUCCAGCGUCAAAACAAACCUAGGAGCGAAGUUCCUCAACAUUGUUGUACAAUGUUUCCCGAAGGAGCACCCACUUUACAAGAUCUUCAAUAGACAUACGCUCAAACUCAGCUACUCUUGUAUGCCAAACAUGAAAUCCAUCAUCGCGUCGCAUAACAAAACACUUCUUUCAGCUCACACCCCGACCCCAACGCAACAACCCAGCAAGGAAUGUAAUUGCCGUACUAAAGAAGAAUGCCCCCUUGAAGGAAAAUGCCUUCAAACGAACGUUGUUUACCGAGCAAUCGUAACAACCGACACAACAACAGAAUUCUACGUCGGACUUGCAACAAACUUCAAAAAGCGUUACAGAAACCACAAAGCAUCCUUCCUUAACGCCAACAAAAGAAACGCCACUGAACUAUCAAAGCACGUAUGGAAAUUGAAAGAAACCAAGGUACCUUUCAGCACAAAGUGGAAAGUAAUCAGAAAAUGCAAAACUUACAACA